AUGUGGCUUACCGUUUACGAGAACUCGCAGCUGGAGACUGGUCUGAAGGGCGCCGUGCAUGUUUUUGCCUUGGCGGAUCUGCUUCUUCAGCAAUCGCCGCUGUGUAUUGAUUCAAAUACAUCAGCAGAACUGGCAUGGGAGCGUGUCUGUGUCGAGUCGUGCAUCUAUCAUCUGGCUGUCAUGAAUCUGUUCGAUGAGCAUAGUGGCAGCUUUUUGUCCAAAGCCAUGAUGCUGCAGAGAAAGUACAGGCAAGUACUGGAAGUCACCGCAGGAGGACACAGAGUCGGUCAGGUCGUCUCAUUAUCUCCUGUACUCGCUGCACCUGUCGAUCUCUACAUCAUUCUGAUCCAGGCAAUUGAAAUGGUUCGUCGCCACCCACGGCCACCUUUACCUGAGGAGGAAAAGUCGGCAUGCCACCAAGUGACGCUCUGGCAGACCAGCCUGGAAGAGUCGAUCAUCACUGCUGCUGUCACCGACUUCUCGAUUGGAGACUGGUACAUCAUAUCGUUGCAGGCAAUUCUUUCUCUCCUCGCCGGCAACAGAAUCGAGCCAUAUUGGGGAUCUUUUCUCGACGAGAUAAGAUCUCUGCUGAGAUCCAUUCGCCACAUACUCCCGUAUACAUGGGGCAAGUUCCUCCUACUUCCACUGGCGAUCUUCGGUACCGUGAUGUUCGACCCAGAAGAUACGAAUCUCGUCGAAGACGCUCUCGACGUCGUCUUGGAUCGGAGCAAGAGUAGCACAGUGGCUUUGGUGAAGCAAAACCUUAAGAGUAAAGUCUGGACGAAAUCGCUUGUCGACGAAUUUGCAGCAUACAAACGGCUUCGCUCUCUGCUUGAUGCCCGGGCGAUGAGAAGCAUCGCGAAGACAAUACAAGGUGGACCAGAUAUGGAAAUUGCCACGAUAUCCAGCGAAUGA